AUGUUCGUAGAUAAGAGUAAGGACCGCGUUUCUGCUGUUGUCAACUUGUUUGUGAAGAGGCCGGAUAUGCUAGGAGAGUAUGCGUGGGGGGAAGGAGCACUUGCUUAUCUGUACAGGCAGCUUGGUAUUGCCUCCCGGGCGGAAGCUAAGGGAGUGGCGGGUUGUCUGACUUUACUAGAGUGUUGGAUUUACGACCACUUUCCUACUUUGAGGCCUAGUCAGUUGGAGCCACGAGAGCUGGAGCGGGGGCAGGCAGGAGCAUUCAGGUGGCGCGGUACAGCACCCCGGUCGAGUAAGAAGAGGGAUGCACAGAUGCUGGCUUAUUAUCGGCAGGCGAUUGAUAGUUUGACCCCUCAGUCAGUUAGUUGGACUCCGUAUGGUCAGCGUCCUCAUCUGACGGUGAGACGUACCUUGUAUCAUGGCCUGCUCAGAUUUGCAGAGAUAGCAGAAUAUUAUGAUCCCACUAGGUGCCUCCGACAGUUAGGCUACGUGCAGGGUGUACCGUAUCCACCGGAGCGUCCGCUUGUUGUGCGUCGACCUGCUUCCACGCUUGGAUACUCUCUUAGCUACCAGUCUGUCUAUGAUUUGUAUCUGGAACAACUUGGGGGCGCAUAG